AUGUCCUCGGAGAAGGAGAGAGAGACCCAGGUUUACUUGGCCAAGCUUUCUGAGCAGGCUGAGAGAUAUGAUGAAAUGGUUGAAUGCAUGAAGAAGGUAGCAAAACUUGAUCUAGAGCUAACAGUGGAAGAGAGGAACCUGCUGUCGGUGGGAUAUAAAAAUGUGAUUGGUGCACGGAGAGCCUCUUGGCGCAUUAUGUCUUCAAUUGAACAGAAAGAAGAGUCCAAGGGAAAUGAGAACAAUGCAAAACUGAUAAAGAAUUACCGCCAAAAGGUGGAAGACGAACUAUCCAAAAUUUGCAGUGACAUUCUUACAAUUAUUGACAAGCAUCUCGUUCCUUCUUCCACCUCUGGAGAAGCUACCGUUUUCUACUAUAAGAUGAAAGGUGACUAUUAUCGAUAUCUAGCUGAGUUCAAGACCGACCAAGAAAGGAAGGAGGCAGCAGAGCAGUCACUAAAGGGAUAUGAGGCUGCUUCAGCCACUGCCAACACAGAUCUUCCAUCAACACAUCCAAUUCGUCUUGGACUUGCACUCAAUUUCUCAGUCUUUUAUUAUGAGAUAAUGAACUCCCCUGAAAGGGCCUGUCACUUGGCUAAACAAGCUUUCGAUGAGGCAAUUGCGGAGUUAGACACCUUGAGUGAAGAGUCAUACAAGGACAGUACUUUGAUCAUGCAAUUGUUGAGAGAUAACUUGACUCUCUGGACCUCCGAUUUACCUGAGGAUGGAGGUGACGAAAUCAAAACAGAAGAAGCCAAACCUGCUGAAACUGAGGUACGUGUAUGA